AUGUCUGCCAAAAAGAUCGAGCAAUGGGAAAUUGAGCGAUAUUGGGAGAUCUUCGCUUCAUUAUCAAAUGGCCAGAAGCACCUGAACAGUUCCCAAGCCGCCUCCGUGCUGAGGAACAGCCGGCUGCGCGAUGACCAGCUCGAGAAGGUCUGGGACAUUGCGGACGUGGAUGGGGAUGGAGAGCUUGAUUUUGAGGAGUUCUGUGUUGCGAUGCGCCUAGUGUUUGACCUGGUCAAUGGUCGUCUUAUCUGGAAUCAGGUCCUACAAGAAGUCCCCAAUGUCUUGCCAGACUGGCUGGUCCCGGAAUCCAAGUCACACCUCGUCCACGCGACCCGAGCCCUCAGCGGCGGCCAAGAACACUUUGAGCGCAUAGAAGAUGAGGACGACACUGUCGGCCUGAAAGACGGGUUCGAUUGGUACAUGAAGCCGAACGAUAAGAACAAGUAUACCGAUAUCUACGAUGCCAACCGCAACGCCCGUGGUCAAGUAGAAUUCCAACAAUUACAACCUCUCUAUGAAUCGCUCGAUGUUCCUGAUACCGAUGUCCGCUCUGCAUGGAACCUCGUCAAUCCCUCCGCGUCACCUGCAAUCAACAAAGACGCAACUCUUGCCUUCCUACACAUCCUGAACUUCCGCCACGAAGGGUUCCGCAUCCCGCGCACGAUCCCCGCAUCUCUGCGCGCGUCUUUCGAAACCAACCAAAUUGACUAUCAAAUCGACAAGGCAGCCCCCGCACAACGCUACGGACUCGACGGCGAAACAGAAACACGAACAGGCCGCAAGGCCAAGUUCGGCGACACCUACCUUGGUCGACUGGGCGUUGGAGGCAAAGGAUCAUACCAACCCAAGGGCACUGAUUUCAGCGACACGAUCCAGGAUGAGGAAUGGGAGAAGGUGCGACUGCGUCGCGAGUUGGCUGAGUUGGAGGCCAAGUUAAGCUCGGCGCAGAAAGCCUCGGAUUCUCGACGAGAUGGACCGCGCAACGAUGGUCGCCCGAACUGGGUCCUUAUUAAGAAGGAAGCACUGUCGCUGCUUGAAUAUAAAGAGCGCGAGCUACGGGAGCUGCGUGAAGGAUCUGGACGCGCUAAAGAUGGACAGGAUCUUGAACGGCUCCGUGAGGACGUCAAGACCGUUGGUGAACAAGUGGAUGGCCUGAAGGCCCAUAUGUCUCAACGGCACGAUGUCCUUGCGGAUCUGCGUAGCCAGAUUGAAGAUGAGAAAGCCCGGCGGUGA